AUGGCUUCGUCAAAGAAGUCUGGCGAUGUCAUCGCCCCAGCCGACAACAACAGCAUUGGCAGCAUCGAGCCCGGAAAGUUGGAGAACUCCGAUGACUCCUUUGAGGUGUUCAAGAGCGGCGAUGGGAACGUUGAGUUCCGGACCGUUGGUUGGAUUCACGCCUCGGUCAUCUUUCUCAAGAUCAUUUUCGCGACUGGAGUCCUUACUAUCCCUUCGGCCAUGUAUGUCCUUGGUGCUCUUCCCGGUGCCAUCAACGUCAUUGGCUGGCAAGCCCUGAACACAUACUGCGCGAUUGUGCAAGGAAACUUUCGCAACUCGCACGCCGGCUGCCACUCGAUUGCCGAUAUGGCUGAGAAGGUUGGGGGUGUUUGGCUGCGAGAAGUUGUGGGCGUCGUUUUCCUCGUCACGUUCGCCAUCGUCGGCGCAUCUGGAAUCUUUGGUUCCUCGGUUGCACUGAAUGCGCUCUCAAACCAUGCCAUCUGCACAAACUACUUUAUGCUUGUGGCUACCAUCGCUGUCUUCAUUCUUGCCAGUGUCCGCAAGUUUGAGAAGAUUGCCUGGCUGACCUGGGUUGGCUUCUUGUCUGUCUUUAUUGCCGUCUUUAUCGUCGUUGUCGGAGUCACAACCCUCGACCGACCGGCUGCUGCCCCCCAGACGGGUGACUACGAGUUUGGAUACCACGUGAUUGGCAACCCAACCUUUGUCGCCGGUAUCACCUCUGCCGCUACCAUCUUCUGCUCAGGAGCCGGAACUUCGGCUUUCCUACCCGUAAUCUCGGAGAUGAGGAAGCCCCGAGACUACAACAAGGCUGUGUACCUAUGCAUGGGUAUCGUCAGCGCCUCGUAUCUCUCUUUCAGUCUGGUUGUUUACCGCUGGUGUGGUAAAUGGGUUGCCUCACCAUCGCUGGGCAGCGCCGGAGGCACCAUCAAGAAGGUCUCUUACGGAAUUGGUCUUAUCGGACUGCUCGUGAGCGCCUGUCUCUACAUCCACGUCGCCGCCAAGUACAUGUUCGUUCGCCUUCUCCGAGACUCGCCUCAUCUGCAAAAGAAUUCCGUUGUGCACUGGUCUGUCUGGUUCGCCUGCACACUCAGCAUGAGCAUCGUGUCUUUUCUGCUCGCCUCUGGCAUUCCCAUCUUUAACUAUCUGCUUGCGUUAGCAGGAAGCUUGACGUUUGCACCUCUGGCUCUUGGCCUGCCAGGAUACCUAUGGAUCUUCGACCACCAGCACUACCGCACGGCUUCAACCUGGAAGAUGAUUGUGUACUAUCUGCACUGGGUCUUGAUUGGAAUCGCAGCUUUCAUGACUGUUGGAGGUACAUAUGGAGUGAUUCAGCAGGUUAUCGAUGCGUACGCCAAUGGCGAGAUCAGCUCGGCCUUCUCCUGUGGCGACAACAGUGGCUCGUCAUGA